UUCAACUGUGGCUAAUUUGAGGAUUUCACAUCAACUCCUCUCCGGCUCAAACGCCCCUCACUCAUCGUCCGACGGAGCGUGAGAGCACAUUCUCUCUGACCACGUCGAGGAUUCCACCCGGUCAUUCGUUUCGUCAAAAUCAAAUUGUGUUUUUGCUUCCUUUGAAUAUAUUCUAAAGAUCUAGGCUGUUCAUACGACAUCCUCGGUUCCUCCCCCGUCUUCCGCCCGCUCGUCGCGAUCAGUCAGUCCUUCAACUUUGACUGCAGCAGACUGCCGAUCUUUGCCAUUUCCCAAUAAUUAAAUAACUAACGAGUUGAGUGGGAUGAAUUACGUCCAGAGCACUGCUUCUUGACCGGCAUCACAAAACCAAACGCGGGACACUUCGCUCUUGAUAUGCCACCGGCGAAUUCGCCAACAGACACCCCCCCUACUGUUGACUCUCCUUCAUCGCCCAGUCCAUUCCUUCAGCAGCUUGAGAUUAUUUCUACUCCUGUUUUGGACCUUGCCGCCACACUCAUGAAUCACCCGGAAGACGCUAUCCAUGACCAGAAUGUCAGGUUCCUACGAACUCGUCGCGAAUCCAACGAGGAACGCCGCCACGGAACCCCCCGCUCUCGUGGCAGCGGAUGGAACUUCGUCUCGGAAUCAAGUGGUUCUGGUAAUCCAGGUGGAAACGGAACAAGUCGACCUCAGACAACCACGAGAUCGAGUGAUCGAGUGCCCAUAGUUCGACGUCGAAACCUGAGAGCUGGAGAUUAUCGGGAACCGCCCCCGCAACAUUCGCAGUCCGUAUAUGGCUGGGCCCCGGACUUCGAUGAUGAUGACGACGAUGAUCUGGAUGAUUUCUCUUCCGGUUUGCUGCAUCGCAUGUGGCAUUCUCGAGAGAGUGCGAGACUUUCCGGGCGAACGUCAGCUCCAUCUUACGAGUCGAUGAGAGAACCUUCAUCCAGGACCUCUCGUCCUGUGAAUAGUGAACAAGAAGGAAGAAGAAACCCACCAUCGCGCUACGACUUGUAUGGGGACUCCGCGUUGGUCACUGCUGCCCUUCUCCAGUCGGCUCGACGACAUCCAAGGUUUUCGACGAGUAGGAUACCACAGAAUCAAGCUCCUGAUAGCGACACGGCGAGAAGUAGGAAUUCAACAGAGGAUGAAAUGCGGCGACCCUUCGCAGCAACGCACAUUCACAACCCUCAUACGUCUAUAUUAACCCGUGGAGACCUGCAUAGACAUUCAGAAUUACGCCGAAUGUAUCUAAAAGACCCUUCCGUUGAUCGCCUAAAAGAGACGAUUCAUUACCUAGAUCGAGUUCGCUUCUCCAAUUCAUACGAAGAGAGCGUUUCUUCAGCCGCUGCGGGUGGAUUUGUGCAGCUUGAUUACUUCCUUUCGAACGAAGACGACUUUAUCCUAAAUACCAACUCGAUCGCUCCGCCUGCUGAAUGUUCGUGGCUUAAGCCGGGAACGGUGUUUUCGGGCCACCAGCAAGCAACGCACUCCAGCUCCCCUUCCAUGCUUUCCCACAGAGUCCCCGGCUCAAAUCGUUUGAUAGAUCCUGUGAUCGUUAAUGGAAACGAGAAUAACCGGAUAACCGUUUAUACCAGCAGUGGUCGGCGUUACUGGGCACAUAGCACUAGCGAUCUAUCCGGUGGCAGCACUGAUGAACCGGAGAGUUCCAAGAUGCAACAGUGGCCUGUCAAGGUGACCAUCCAUGAUAUCGACUACAGCACAAUGACAUUGUCAGGGACAAUGGAGGCAUAUAAUAUCCCUGACAAAACAGCUACCAACCAAAGCGCACAUAUAAUCACCUUUCUGGAAGGAGAAAUCAUUGAUUUCCACACACACACGUUGGAAACAAAGAACUUCAAUGCAAGUCCUGAGGUUGAUAGCUGCUAUUGGAGAGAACUAGAGCCGUUCCAGAGCCAGACACCUGAUGAGAUUGUGAAGAGUCUUGUUAGCAAGAAAUGGCUCUCUGAGACCCUGGCAAAGGGAUGGAUAUUGAUGAGAUGGAAAGAACGAUGCUUCGUUUCCCCAUCUCAUUCCCGUCAAGGCCUCACUAUCUCAGGGUUCUAUUACAUCUCAAUACGUCGAGAGGAUGGACACAUCGCUGGGAUGUAUUACGAUCCGGGCAGCUCACCGUACCAGGAACUCACCCUGAACCCCGUUUUGAAAGAAAGGAUGGCUUUCCCAGCGUACAGUUUUCGCUAAAGGCUGCAAGUCGACACAAUGAAAUAGUGAUAAUCAAUCAGCUAAACGCAUACAAUUCAUCGGGCUUUCCCGAUUCUACUGUCAGUUUACAAUUUGGUAGCAUGCGGUGUAGAAUCACAUUUGUUCAGAGAUAUUUACACACGCACUGGCCUAUUGUCAUCUCUUCCUACCACACCUCGGAGUUUAUUAUACCCCAAGCCCUUAUGGUUCAUUUGCGUGCUUGACAUUUUACUGCCCUGGCCAAUUUUUACUGGCGUAUUUCCCUGUAGCAGGUUGUAUUCUCACAUUGCUCACGCUUCGCUGUUUUUAUUUAGGGCGCUGUGGCGAACUUCUGACACUGGGAAUUGAUACCUUUUCCCCUUCUCCAGUAUCAGGCGACAACUCUGGUUUGUAUAUACAGGAGAUGAAUGGAUCUACUAUUUAACAUG